GUCGACAUUCGAUACAGAUUUAUCUGCGAUGAUUUGUAGCCCAGAUUGUUCACCAUUUAUUAUUUACAACAUGAUUAAUCACUGGGAAUCAAGGAAAUGGAGUAUGGAGCUUUUAUCUCAACAAAUCACACAAAAGUUAUCCUGCAAGCUUUCUCCAAGGGAUAGCCAAAAUUUAUGGGAGACGCAGUGUAUUCACAAGGAUGUCACAAUGAAAGAAUUUUAUUCAUGGAUGCAGUCAAAUGAUGAUAAAUCAAAUCCACUUUGUAAAUAUCCAUCAGAGGCAUUCUCUGGUUACAUAGACUAUAAAUAUAUGAAAGACAUUUCACCCAAAGAACAUCUUAAGGCAGUGGACUGGGGGAUGUUUGGAUUUCCAGGGCGGGAUGGAACAGAAAGCACCAUCUGGAUUGGAACAGAAGGAUGUUAUACUAACUGUCACUACGACACAUAUGGAUUUAAUCUAGUAGCUCAAAUUCAGGGAAGGAAGCGCUGGAUUUUGUUUCCCCCUUGGGAGAGUUUCUAUCUUUAUCCCACAAGAAUUCCUUAUGAGGAGUCAAGUGUAUUUAGUGAAGUGAAUGUAAAAAAUCCAGAUUAUCAACACCAUCCAGAAUUUAAGAAAGCCUGUCCCUACAUUGUGACACUAGAGCCAGGACAGGUCCUGUAUGUUCCUCGUCAUUGGUGGCACUACGUAGAGAGUCUAGAGGAUUCAAUCAGCGUCAACACCUGGAUUGAUACAGAAGAAGACUUAGAAAGCCGUAUAUCAGAGGCCAUUACAAGGUGCUUGUUCUCUACACUUCUAGAGGCUAGGGACCAGUUAAAGGAAGAUCAGAAAGAGGACCAGCCAAAGAAUGAUCAGAAAGAGGAUGACUGGAUAAACCCUGGUGAAGAAAUGCUGUCACUUGAUACAAAUAUCCAGCUUUUACAGUUAGCACUGACAAUGAAAUGUGGUACUGAUGAGGAAAAAGUUAAAAAUACUCGGAGCAUGUUGUGUGAUGCUCUCAGGGACAUUCCUGUUAGAGGCAGUGACAGGUGUUACAGAAAGAAGAGAAAAUUAAGUGAAAAUUUGGAAACCUGUGAUAAAGGAGGAGCAACUAAAAAUCUUAAAUAUGAAAAAGAAGAAAAUUGCAAGCUUGAUAAGGGAGAUAACUUAAAUGCGGAUUUAAAUGAAGAAUUGUGUUCACAAGAUUUACAAACUACUGGUGGGCAAGAUUUUCCUUAUAUUAUCAUUCUUGAGAGUAAAAACAAAGGAGAUGACAACAAGGAAACUGAAGAAUCUCAAAAUGCAAAGACAAACUUAAAAUCUAAAACUCCUGGAAACAUGUGUAAGCCAUUUUCUGAAAGAUGUAAAAAUGAAACCUCUUCUAAAGUGUUUGAAAAACUGGUAAAAAGUGUGCUGCAUCCACAGGUUAUACAAACAAUAUUAACACAGCUUAAUCAAUAAUAAUCAACUUUAACAUUCAAUUACUUUGUAAAAAUUAAAGCUAUUUUGU